CCUGGUUUGGCUUGUGAGAUCAGUUUACAUCUUUGUUUCAUCGCCGCAGCACAGCCCGCCGCGUGUCACUGCUGACAUCAGGCCUUGACCUCACCAAAUACUGGCUAUUGUACACGGCUCUCCCCUAUAUCGGCUAGUCGAAGCCUCGCGCCAACGGCCCACUGCCCUCAAAGCCACCACCGCAUCCUCUUCCUUGAAGGCGUCUUACCACGUUCUUCGUCUCGCCAAGGGCAUUUCCCCCCCUGACCCUCGAAAACGACCCUUGGAGCCCAGACUCAUCUCUCUGAGAACCACCACAGCGGCACAGCAUCAUAACACAAGCAGAAGCGGCAGCGGCAGCAUCAGCACCCAAGAUGUUUGCUUCCUGCCCAGUGACCCCUGCCACAGAUCUCACCUAUCUGCCCCACGACGUCUUCCUGCUUGUCAUCCCGUACCUCUCGGCCCGGGACGCCGUCCUCUGCCGCCGGGUCAGUCGCAGCUGGCACUCGGCUUUCUCAAGCGAUGAGACCUGCCACACCUUGCUGAGAUGGCACUUUCCCCGCUGCCGUGAGCUGCGCAGGCGGGAUGAUGAGGACAAGGUGGACAAGGUGGACAAGGUGGACAAGGGUGAGCUACCAAGCUCAGCCUCUCCGCACUUCCCACCCAGCCAGUUUGCUUCCCCUAGCAGCAGUUGGGCCUAUGUCUUCCCUGCCGUGGCACGCCGUUACCACCAUCUCCGCCUGGCAAAGCCUCGCAUCGUUGAGAAGAUUGAUGUUGUUCAGGAGUCAAAAGAGCGUGGGCCUCUUCGUGGCGUUGAGCCCUGGAACCGCUGGCUCAACUGGAACGACAAGUCCGCCACAUUCCAGCAUCGGGAUCCCACAUGGACUAUAGACGACGGCCUGUUAGUAUACCGCGAGAAGAUCUCCGGGCGCUAUGUCGCCUACGAUCUCGAGACCCGUCACCGCUACUCGAUCCCCUUUGACGGCACUGACAAGACCGUCCGGCGUAUCCGGCUCGCCUGCGGAGUGCUCAUCAUUGAGUGGUGCGAGCGCGAGCCUUACCAUCAACUCAAUGACCAAGAAUCAGUCCAUCGGCACUUUGCAACAGCAUUCGACGUGCACCGUGCCUCGUCUCGGAUGACAUCACCAAAGGCCUCCAUGGUCCGGUCUGACACAUCUCCAGCCUCCUGGAAUAUCACUUUCCGGUCUGAAUGGAAGAUCCAUUUUCUCGGCUUUCCGAUCAACCGCCACGAUCGCUUCUAUUCCGUGCAUACCGCCACGCAUUACGCUCUGUACCUCUGGCAACCUAAUAGGUCGCCUUGGGGGGAAGAAGAUCCCUUGGAGCAGUUGACUGUGUGGGAUAUUUCAUUUCCCUCUGCUUACUUGCCUUCCCAAGAUCCGUCAGGUUCCAAUCAUCCUGAUCCAGAUCUCGCCCCGUUCGUGGUCCGACGGUUCAGCUGGCGCGAUCUUGCACAUCUAGGACUACGCCAGCGCCACACACCAACCAUGCGCGAAAUCCAGCUUGAUGAAUCCAAUGUCUACAUCCACGAAGAGGAGCAUCGCUGGCUCUCUGGUCAGCACUCGUCGCUCUCUCCACCAAGGCACCACCUUGUGAGGAGCACGAGCAUCCCAUUCAAUGGGAUGGGCCCACGCUGGGUCGACGAAUGCUGUGCAGAUGGCGAUAUCCACAUGAGCUUCUGCCCUCGCGCCGGAUCGGCAGCACGGUUUGACAACGACUUCCCCAAUGACGCGUACAACAACUGGAGCAGCGAUACACCAGACUCAGGGAGUGGUCUGUUGCAAAAUGCCAGGUCACUUCCAGGGACAAACUCUGCCGAUGAGGCGGAUCCGAUUUGGCCGGGAUGGGCGCCGUGCUGGAGGCACGAAGAAUUUCCCUACCUCACCGUUACCGAUAUGGUAGACAGGGCUGCGGGCGUGCGCAUCGUUGCGAGGCAGUGCUUCAUGAUGGAAGCGCUUUCCGCGUUCGUGCUGCCGAGAAUAUGUGUCGAUGACGUAAGCCACAGCGCCGAAACAGACAUGAGCACGAAGCCGUCCUCGAGCUGUGGGACCGGUGAUGGCUCCGACGAGGCCAGAUUUGGAGACCACAUGUGGACACAUCUGCUAGGCAAGGGCAAGAUUGCCGGAGACGAGAGGUGGAUUGUUGGUGAAGAUGACGAUGGGCGGGUAUCAAUUGUACGAUUUUGA